CUGGAUACGUACUAAUUCGAUCUAUGAGACAAGCUUCGUUCCGCUGUGUAAUAAGAUAAAUUUUAACUAGCAAAUGAGCAAGCUUCUCCAAAAUGCCAUGAAUGCAAAAGAGGAACGCAUCAUGCAUUUGCACCUUGAGGUUAAAGUUCUGAAAGCCCUGAAUGAACAUUUAAAUGAGCGAAAUCAACGAUUAGAGGAAGACAACGGCAAACAGCUUCAAAUCAUUAACGACCAGACACGGUUGAUCCAAGAGAUGAGUGAUAUUAUAGCAGUGAAGAGUGCUUCCCAGUACGGUUACAAUCAAUACGCUUCAAAAUUCAAAAAAGAACGUCACAAAUUGUUGGCAGAGAUCGAACAAUUGAAAAUGCAAGUUUCGUCCGUGCCUAGCAAGAUACGGCCCAAAAGUAUGCCUGCCUCGGCUAUCGGAAUGGAAUACAGUAGCAAACAGAAGUUGCGGUUUGAGGUCUUUCCGUCGGCGAAGGUUUCACCGACAGACUGCAGGAGGACGUCCAACUACAACUGGGGAUUGCAGCAAAGCAGGUCUCAAUCCUGUUUAGGAACGAGUUAUACUUCAAGUCCUACCGCAAGCCCCCAGAGUAGCAAGUUAUCCUACCUAAACAGGAGAAAGUCUGGUUCCGAACCGGAAAUUUCCUGUAUUGGAAAGUACGGUGAACCUUCCUAUGGAUCCAGUUCGAAAGAUUGGCCGAUGUCGAGUAAACCUGCCAAAAAUGCCUAUUUCGACAGAAUCAAGGGUUUGAUUGCCGAUAUCACGAAGAUUAGAAGCUAGAUCAAACUUAUGUUACAUUGCGUAGUUCAAUAAAGCAAUUGCUCGCUUGAAA